AUGUCAAACGACGAAGACACUGCACAGUCAGGGGAAAAUGCUGAGUGGAUGAACGACUGGUUCGACUUCGAGGCUGCUGUGGAUCCGAAUUACGACCAGGCUCAGCAGGAUCAGGACACCAGCCCUCCAGCACAGCCUUCGGUGGAGGGCUUCGAGAACAGUCAAGUCCAACAGGGCCAAAACAACGCUGAGAGCACCAACUUCCUCAGCCUUGAGAAUGUCCAGGAUCAGCAAGCCCGAAAUCCUCCAGGAAACAUUGAUCAAGGAGGGACAUUCCCCAUUCCCUCGGUCAUUGAUCUAAUCAAAGAUCAGAAAGAAUGCAUUUUCUCCAGUAGUAACACGCCAUCCCAGGACCUACUCCUUCUUGACGCGAAAGUGAGACGUCAGAUCCAGCUGGGCCAGAACUCUCCCAACAACAGCAACCCGGGAGAGAGACGCCCGAUCCCAUCGAUCAUUGGCAUGGAUCGGGGCCGAUCCGACGGACCCCGCACAGAGGCCAAGGAUCUUCGCGCCCAGAUCCGAACUCGCGGCUUGGACGUUUUCUCUGAACCGCAGUGGGAGCCCAUCAUGCAAAGCACGGGAUCAGGAUGGCAAUUCAGACAUCAUGUUGGAAGAGGAAUGGAAACCUUUACAACUAUCCGUCGUGGCAACCGGAAAGGCUUCAAUGAAGUCCUGCGCCAAGAUGGCUAUCGGAAGGCGAAGCGAUUAACGAUGAUUGUGCAGCAGGACGGGGGCGAGGUGCUCGUGGAGGGGAUCAUUUGUGAGAAUGAACGCAAGUGUUCACGCACGCCUACCUCCACUUUACUGGAAAUCUUCGAGGGGUUCGAGGUGUGA